AUGGAGACACUCACUGAGGCGCUCGUACAGAACGCUAUAAGUGGCAUGCGAGGCGGUGGGCUGCUGCCAGAAAGGGUCGGCCCUGGGGAAGUGGCACGUGUGCUCUGCCCUGGCAUUGUACCCAGUGGGGCUCUCGAUGACGCCGCGGUCGAAUCGAACUUGAUAUUGACCAUUCGUCUUCUGGCACGAACGAAGGGCGCUGGUGAAACUGCAACGCAGACUAUUAUUCCUCUCGCGAGGGUAUGUUCGGAGCCUCUUAGCAGUCGCCCUUUGGAGCUGUCGAGCCGAGUUAAACGUCUGUUGCCUCCUGUGCAUAGGAGGGACCUUGCUGGAGCAAUAUCGGCUUUGCAGAUUGGUGUCUAUAUGCAAGAUACAGAUAUAAUAGAGACUCUGAUGAAGACUGUUCAUGGUAGCGUACGGCUCACUGAAAGGGACUUGGCUGUUGCACACUUCUGCGUGCUCAAGUUCGCCACGACCAAGUCCCGUGAGAUUCUCAAUACACUCCGAGGCCUGUGUUCCGUAGAGGUUGAUCGCACGGGAGAGUUCAUUGCAGAAUUCCUCAUCGCCUUGGACCUAACCCACAGCUUGGCCGUUACGAAGCUGCUGAGCAUGUUAGAUGAGGAAGUUGUGAAUUUGAAAGGCCGAGCCCCGAUGCUGGAGUACGCCGACUACUUACCCGCUGGGGCUAGCGUGGCCCAUCUGCUGCUUGUUUGUUUUGAUAGAGGAAUAGGAGGAGUGUGUGAGGUGCUGCCUCAUGUCAUGGCACGUUGGCAAGCUCAGCUUGCCUUACAGCAACUUGACCUCGGCCCGGUAGACGUUCAGUGUCUCGACUUGGUGGGCACUGCCCCUCUGUUACGAUGCUUGCAGCCAUUGAGAUUAACAGUGGGGGUGGGAGAGGGAACAAGCUGUCUUGUAGAUGAGAUGAUGAAGUAUGGCGCACGACGGUCAUUCGCCAUCAUGGCGAUGUAUCGGCAUCUUGGUAGGAGAGUUCGUGCUCAGCCACGAGCUGGGUGUAGAUGCAAAGUUUGCACGCGGUGGUUGGCACUUCCUCUGGAUAUAGAACCUCUCAUUUGGGCGAAUCUAGCUCGGAUAGCGCAAGGCGAUGAUGACGAAGUGAACAGAGCAGAGUGGAUCAAAUACGACAGAUCACAGCAGCUUAACGAAUUGUUGGUAUAUCGAGAUGAAGGUGUCGAUGAUGACCAGACAGUCCUUAUGAAAAUGGAGAUGCUCAUCGAUGAGGGCGCCGAUCCUAAUAUUCCCUUGGAAGGAAGUAGGAAAGUUGACGUGGCUCGACAUGCGAUUGGAUACUUCUUGUGA